AUGUCGCGCGAUACACGAGCUUUCCAAGCCAUGCUAGUCGUGUGUGCAACAUCCUGCUGAAUGACCACGGUCUAUAUUCCAUCGGAGGGAGAAAUGUGAGGCAUACGACACGGAGGGGCUUGAUGAAGUGGAGCAUAGGGAUCGAUGGAGGACACCAGCCACUGAGCAUGUCGUUCACGAAUACCACCUCGGAGCUUUUGGUGAGCACAACAAACAGGAAGUUGAUGCUCAUCAACCUAUUUCGAGGCUCUGCUAUCAAACAGAUGGAUUUGGACGAUGACGUUACAGUGAUGAAGCAGUCCCGAAUAAUAUGCUGUGGAACGGCGGAUGGCAGAGUCGUUAUGCGCGAUCCAAGGUCGCUCAAAGUUGAGAACUAUAUAUUGGCGCAUUCCGGGACCAUCACUGAUCUGGACAUCGCUGGAAACAUUGUGAUAACCUGCGGUUUCUCCUCGAGAGGAGGAGCGUUAGCGCCUGAUGGAAUGAUCAAGAUGUUUGACAUCCGGACGAUGAGGGCGCUGGCGCCUAUCCCAUUCCCGUCCGGACCCACAUUCCUCCGGUUUCACCCUCGGCUGACAUCAACGGUAGUGGGAGCGUCGCCCAACGGCCAAUUUCAGUUUUGCAACGCGGUCAACACUUCCGAAGCGACAUUCUACCAGGCUCAAGUCAGUGGUGUUCUGAGUGCGCUAGACUUCUCUAGCUCAGGGGAGCUACUGGCUUUCGCCGAUUCAGCUGGAGUUGUCUCCCUAUGGAGCGAGAAGAACGAAGCUCGCGUGAAUUUCAACUCACGGCUGACUGAGUUUGCAGAUCAACCUCCACCACCAAGUGAGAUCAAGAUCACGGACGAUAGUCCCCUGUCUCUUAUCGGGAUGCCCUACUACUCAACUCGAUUGCUCUCAGCAUGGCCCGAGAAGCUAACUUUUGAGGUCGGACAGUCAGCCCCGAAGGUUCCGGCCGAGGUUCUCGCCAACGUGAAGACCAUCGAUUUCGUUGGUUAUGCUUCGAACCCUCGUACCUCGCGAAGAAACCAAAACCUGGCCUCCGCACGCAAGGCUCGCAAGGAAGUCUCCGAAGUGCCCAAGUUCCGCUCUGAGCAAGAUCGAGAGAAAUACUUUGGCAAAAGAGGCGCUCAGGACAACCAGGACACUGAUGAUGAGCAGUCAAAGAACCAACGGGCUAGCUCCACGCCCAAGUACUACAAGCGCGUGGAGAUCAAGUACAGCAAGUUUGGAGUGGAAGACUUUGAUUUCGGAUUCUACAACAAGACGCAUUAUGGCGGCCUUGAAACGGACAUCACAAAUUCGUACGCCAAUUCUUUACUGCAAGUGAUGUUCUUCACGCGACCACUUAGAGAGGUGGUAAAGGGUCACAUCAAGAUGUCGUGUGCAAAGGAGUACUGCCUGGCAUGCGAGCUGGGAUUCUUGUUCAGAAUGCUUGAGGACUCGCUCGGUGCGAAUUGUCAAGCCACCAAUUUCUUGCGCGCUUUCAAAACUAUCCCUCAAGCUAGUGCUCUCGGUUUGUUUGAGCCGGACCAGCCAAGCUCAGCGACCAACUACGCAACGCUCAUUCAGAACUUCAAUCGAUUCAUCCUGGAACGGAUUCAAUUUGAGCUCGGAGAUGAUACCCGGAUGUUGGUCAUACCGCGGCCAUACAGCACGUUGUCAACGACGAUGCAGCAGAUAUUCGGGCUGCAAUUGCAGGCCAUCAGCCAGUGUCAGUGUAGCGCGUUGAAUGCUCGAGAUACGUGUCCUUUUGUUGUGGAUUUGCAGUACCCAAAGCGGGUUGUUGGCGGCAAAACGGCAGACUCUACGUUUGUGGGCAUACUGCAAAGCAGUAUAAAUCGAGUGUCGUCCACAAAAGCGUGGUGCGAAACCUGCAAGAAGUAUCAGCCGACGAGCCAGUAUCGGAAGCUACAAAGACCACCAAACGUGCUGAGCAUAAACGCCUGUGCAACUACUGAGGAGGAGCUGGAGCUGUUUAGAGCAGAUCCAACCUUUGUUCCCGCUAGGCUUGCCCUCGUAUUCGACAACGAUGAGCUAUCGAUUCUUCACCUAGAUGAUGAGCAGCUAUUGCCGUCGAGCCCCACCGCUCUCGUCGCAGUGUACGAACUCUCAGCCAGCGUCGUGGAGAUUCGCGAAGAGAAACAAUUGCCGCAUCUUGUGUCCCACAUUCGAACUGGCAAUAAUGGUGUGCAAGAGUGGAUUGUCUUCAACGACUUCAUGGUUCAACCUGUAUCAGAAACCGAACCACGAACAUACCAUAAAUGGAAGAAUCCAUGCGUGCUCCAAUAUAAAAUCAUUGACCUUGAUAUGGUGCAAGACUUCAGAAUGCUGCCAACAACUCCACAUGCAAGAGGCUUGAGGGAGAUGGUCCUCUUGAACUCUUCGUCUCUUUCACUUUGCAGUCGACGGAAAGAACGGGAUCUCAAGAUCGCGUACAGGCUUCUGAAGCCUGCCGAACUACCGAAUCAACGUGGAUAUCUCUGCGCAUUAGAUGCCGAGUUCGUGGCGCUCAGUAAGGAUGAGGCAGAGAUCCGAAGCGAUGGGACACGAUCUGUGAUCAAACCAUCUCGUCUGAGUUUGGCCCGGGUCACCGUCUUGCGCGGCGAUGGGUCGGAUGAAGGCGUUCCUUUCAUCGAUGAGUACAUUUCGACAACUGAAGAAGUGGUCGACUACCUCACUGAGUUCUCGGGCAUCAAAUGUAAGGGGCGGACUUUAUUUGCCAUAAGUUUCAAUUUGAAAGUCGGGCGCACUAUUGAUUGGUCGUACCUUCCAGCCGGCGAUCUGGAUAUAGCGCUCUCGAGACACCCGUUGGUUUCUCUGAAGUCUGCGUACAAGAAACUGCGCCUGCUCGUGGAUCUCGGUUGCGUGUUUGUUGGGCAUGGCUUGAAGAAGGACUUCAGAAUCAUAAAUAUCCUGGUUCCACCGGAUCAAGUCAUUGAUACAGUAGACAUAUUCUUCAUACAAAACCGGCAGAGAAAAUUGUCUUUGCGGUUUCUGGCGUGGUGUCUCCUGCGGUUGGACAUCCAGAGCGAAACCCACGACAGUUCAGAGGAUGCGAGAACGGUCAGUUUCGUCGGCGCGCGUUCGUUUGACUUUCCAUAGUGAUAUAUUGACAUUGACUUUCGUCCCAUCUGGCAGGCACUCCUUUUGUACAAACAGUAUGUAGAACUAAAGCGAGUAGGGCGGUUUGAAGAGGUUUUGGAAGAGAUCUACGAGGAGGGGCGGUCUGUGAACUUUAAACCUCCUCCUCGUGGGACUGUGAUAGGGGAGCCCAAUGUAUAUACUAGUCUCGCUGCCAUAAGGGAGGCCGCAAUGAAAUAGAAAAUCUAAAAACCCGAAUGUGCAAAUUGGUUGGCAUGAC